ACCGAACAAGGUGUGUGCGUUGUGAGCUCCCACUGAAGCCAUCAAAAAAAGUGGAAGAGUUUUCCAUUUUUUCACACAUUUUUUCCAGCGAGGAAGUCGAAGUAGUAGAAGUAAAAUUUCGCGUAAAAGUAACGUUUUCGGGCACGUCAUUAGUUCAACCACAAAGUGAAACUCGAAAAUCAAUCGAAAGUCAACGCGAAACACCAACUGCAAAGUGACGAAUUUGAGGUGAAAAUUUUUUCCAUCUUCCCGAUCGCCAUCUUUUUUCCGUCGGCCAGCCGAGAGUGCGUAUGUGUGAGUAGGUGUACCCCAAAGCGGAGCGCUAGCGCGACCAAGAGUUUACUUUCGCUUCCACUUGAGCGGUUUGGCGGAGAAGCAACGAUAGUGUGCUGCUGGUGACAGACGAACUACCUACGGUGGAAAAAGUGCAUUAGCCAGCGAAGAUAAUAAGGAGCUACGAAGUGAAGAUCUGUGAGCGGCUGAUUUUGUUCUGGGAAGCAGUAACUGAAGGAUAAAAAAUUGUAAACGUUCUACGCAGCGAACAAGUCCAUUUUGUAUCGGCUCUGCGAGGAAGAGAAAGCACGAGAAGAUCUCUACAAUGCAAUUCCAAGGAAACGGACAACCCCAUCCGGGAGGUUUCCGCCCCCGUGGCGACAAGCCCGAUUUUUACAGCGGAAACGGUGGACCCGGUGGCAAACCACAUUUUAUGAAUAAACCAGGAGGACCACCCUCCAUUCCACCGUUCAACCCGAAUGGAUUCGGGGGACCGAAACCCAUGUACGGCAGCGGACCGAACGGACCCUCGGGUGGGCCUGGCCGGUUCAACAAAUUCCGCCCAAACACAUACGGUGGUCCUUCGGAGCUCGGUGGAAUAGUGCCAAAGAAAGACUUUGGCGGACCGAAGAUGUUCGGCACUGGUGCCCCAGCCGUGAUGGGGGGUUCCAUGAACGGUAAGCCUAUGUAUGACAAACCUUUCGAUGCAUUCGGGGGACCUAAAAAAUACAACACUAUGCCGAACUCGUAUGGAAGCAGAAAUAGCUACGGCCCGAAGCCAGAUUACAACAACAUGAGCAAGGAAGAGAGGGCCAAGAUCCAAUCGCUGAAGGCCAAGUUCCCUGGACAAGGACUGGUCAAGCCUAUCUGGAAGGAUCUGGAACCAUUUGAGAAGGACUUCUACGUUCCUCACCCGAAUGUAAUGGCCCGUACUCCGGAGGAAGUACAGGCGUUCCGCGAACGCAUGCAAAUUACGGUCAUGGGUAACAGCGUCCCCCAUCCAUCGCAAGAUUUCGAUGAAGGCACUUUCCCCGAUUUCGUAAUGAAUGAAAUCAACAAAAUGGGAUUCCCGAAUCCCACCGCCAUCCAGGCCCAGGGCUGGCCAAUUGCUCUCUCGGGCCGAGAUUUGGUCGGUAUUGCUCAGACCGGAUCCGGCAAGACCUUGGCCUACAUGCUUCCAGGCAUCGUACAUAUCGCCCAUCAGAAACCAUUGCAACGAGGAGAAGGUCCCAUUGUGUUGGUGCUUGCACCGACUCGUGAGCUGGCUCAACAGAUUCAGACCGUGGUGCGAGAUUUCGGAACCCACUCGAAACCACUGAUUCGGUACACGUGUAUCUUCGGGGGAGCCUUGAAGGGCCCACAGGUUCGUGAUUUGGAACGAGGUGUUGAAGUGGUGAUUGCAACCCCAGGACGCCUGAUCGACUUCCUUGAACGAGGCAUUACCAAUCUGCGGCGUUGUACCUAUUUGGUUCUCGAUGAAGCUGAUCGUAUGUUGGACAUGGGCUUCGAACCGCAGAUUCGUAAGAUCAUCGAACAAAUCCGACCAGACCGGCAAGUGCUGAUGUGGUCCGCCACAUGGCCCAAGGAAGUUCAGGCGCUAGCAGAAGAUUUCCUCCAUGACUACAUCCAGAUCAACAUUGGAUCGUUGAACCUUUCUGCCAAUCAUAACAUCCACCAGAUUGUGGACGUAUGCGAGGAGAAUGAAAAGGAAGGCAAAUUGCUGGCGUUAUUGAAGGAAAUUGCAAGCGACAUCAAUAACAAGAUCAUCAUUUUCGUUGAAACGAAGAAAAAGGUUGAAGAUCUCCUGAAGAAUAUCGUUCGGGAUGGGUAUGGCGCGACGUCGAUUCACGGAGACAAGUCGCAAUCGGAGCGGGAUUACGUGCUGCAAGAUUUCCGACACGGCAAGAGCACUAUUCUGGUGGCAACCGAUGUCGCCGCCAGAGGUUUGGACGUGGAAGACGUGAAAUAUGUGAUCAACUUUGACUAUCCGAACUCAUCGGAAGAUUACAUCCAUCGGAUUGGUCGCACGGGUCGCUGUUCUUCCUACGGAACGGCUUACACGUUCUUCACGCCCGGUAAUGGUCGCCAGGCUCGGGAAUUGCUCUCGGUGCUGGAAGAAGCCGGACAGCAGCCGUCGGCGCAGCUGAUCGAUUUGGCCAAACAGGCACCGGGUGGCAAAGGUGGUAGAAGCCGUUACAACGUUCGUGGAGCGCUAACCUCCGGAGGUUACAACCGGGAUCAAAAUAAUGGUUUCGGAGGCGCAAGAAUGUUCCAGAAGAAGCCCUUCGAGAACCGCUACGGAGGUCCGCCAAGUAACGGAAUGGGACCGAACCGAUUCAACAACCCCGGACCGAACAAAUACGGCGGUGGACCUGGUGGAUACCGAAGCGAAAAUAAUUGGAACAAAAAUACCGGAAACGGUUAUCAGACCGUACCAUCGCAUCAAACGCAGAACGGAACUCCCCAGCAGUCGCCACCCCAGCAGCAAAUAUAUGAACCUCAUCAGCAGAUGCGAUUCCAUUCGAAGAGCAAUAUGUACCAGAAUCCAAACCAAUACGAAGAUUUCUCCAAUCAAAUGGUUGGUGGAGCUCCACAAGCCUUCAACGGUCACAGUGGAACCCGUUUCUAUUCGAACAAACCCCAUCAGGGUGCUGGCGGUAUGCAACAAACGCAGCUUGGCGGUCCAGGUGGUCGAUACAACCCCAACAAUCAGUACAAUGGCGAUGUAGGGCCAAAACCGGCUGGUGGACGCCCUCCAUAUCAACCGAAACAGCAACAAUUCAACAAUAGCUAUGCCGCCGCUGGUACGGCGAACCCAUACCCGGCGCAAUUGGCAGCAGCAGCUGCUGCGGCCGCCGCCGCCGUUGGUGGCGGCCAAACCAUUCCAGCCGCCGGGUUUGCUACCGGUUUCGAUCCCUUGGGGGGCGUCCAGGGAGCGAUGGGAACGUUCACCUCUUCGUAUCAAAUUCCGGCUGCGGCUUACUACUCGUAUCCGGCGGCCACGGCUCAGCCGCCGCCACCGCAAACCCAGGCACCACCGGUCGUUCCCCCGGUUCAACAGUAAGCACGGGCCCUGCUUGCGACACAAUUCAAGGUAUACAUUAUAUACAACAUUUAUCGGUAAGCAUGAGAAUUUAAAUUUUUCAGCCGGAAAGCUAAUUAAUUUCCUUAUUUUUAAUUUAUUAACCGGAAGUGGAAGAUGCUUUGUUUUUUUUUGUGAAGAUAAUAAUCUUCCCACUACUAGUAAUUGCGCAAACUGUGUGUUUUUCUUUUCACUCUAUGUUAAACUGAUAAGACUUUCAAUUAUUCCCCGAUAAUUUUCUAUUAUGUGAAAACACAUUCUAUUGGAAGAAACGAUAUCGUCAAUAAUGUAAUUGUGAAUCUAAUUAUGAAAUAACCGCUUGAAACGUGGAUAAAACGAAGGCAAGAAAGCAUAUUAAACUGUUGUUUUGUCUUUGAUGCGUGUGGGAGAUUGAAGAUCCACGAGAUUAGGGAGUUGAAGCUAUUCACGUAUGUUUGUUAGAUUGUAAGUACACAAACACACACACACACACACUCAAAAAAGUAAACAUUAAUCUUAAUAUUUCAAUACACGAAAACACAUGUAUUACAGCAUAAUAUUAUUGCAUUCAGGCAUGGUAGAUUACAUCUAUUUAUUGAACGAGGAAAUAUUCAUAACUGAGCAGACAAAAACGCUAUGCAUUUUCCAACAUCUUGUAUCUUGUUAGGUUCCUCUUUCCGUUGAGUUAUAUUAGUUUUCAUUCUUCGAAGUUUCUACACUUCAACUAAAAGAUGUUAGGGAUUUUAUUUUUUCGGUUUCCAGUGUUUUGCGGUAUGCAGAGUCCGACGAUUGAUGAUGGGGGCGUAAAUUAUUCGAUCAUACUUGACAUUUGAGCUAUAUCACAAUUGAAUUUAUUUCACAUGCUGUGCUCCUAACAAACGGUUUAUUAAUUUAUCAUAGAAAGGUUUAUGAGGUCGAACCCACAUUUUAAAAAGAAAUUAAAUUACUACAAAAGGACGAACAAAUUUGUGUUCGAUUAGAUCAAAAAACCUUUCAAUUAUUAAGUUGUGGGAUUGAAUUUUGAUUAUACACCAUCUUUAUGCGUGGAAUUGUAGGCCAUGGUUUCGGUAAAUUAAAUUUCAAAUGAUUCUAUUAGCUGUGAAAGGACGUCAGAAUCCAAUUCCAAAUUUGCCUCAAAAAUUUCAGAAGCACACAUUUCAACAAGGGCACUGUGGAAACAACUUUUUCGUUUUUGCUGCUUUGCAGCAUACGUAAAAAGUUAUUUUCGGUUGUGUUAAUCAUCUAUUGAGAUGUGUGCUUCACGAAGCGUGAUGUGAGGGCUAAACCGGUCAUUGUGGCAGCCAUUAGUGGAUUCCAUUGUGUAUGUUCUUAAAAUGCGCUAUUUUAUUGCAUGGAUUGGAUAUGGCCUAACAAUGAUGUAUCAACAAAACGUAAAAACGCAGCAAAACUUAUAAAAUGCUCAACAUUAUUUUGUUAGAUCUUAUCGAGUAAAUUUCUAUAAACAUGUUUUUGCUGUAUUUUCCCACAUGAAACAUUGUAAGGAUUUAAUUUUCAUAAACGUAUGUUACUCGUAUGCCCCCCAAAAUCAGUCUGGAGUAAAAUAGCAAAACACGCAUAAAAUAACCGUGUCGAUUAGCUGUGAGUAGAAUGUAUAUUCCCGUCAAAAACAUUCACUUGAAAUCAUACAAAACAAAAUCACUUUCACGAAACACGUAUCUCAUUGUACGACACGACGUCAGAAACAAAGGGUGAAAAUCAAUCGGUUCUGUUAGUGAUGGCCGCUUUGAAGUUUUUCACUAAUAGAUAGGCCGCAAUCAGUGUCCGCCCGACCGAUAUUCCAAAACUUACCCUCCUUCCCAUAUCCAAAGUAUGUAUGUGAAACGUUUGGUACAAACCUAAAAUUAACAAUAGUGUGGAAACGAUCGUGCCGCCGCCACACACAAUGGCAUAUGAAAAUGGCCAACCAGCUUAAGAGUAAUCUACGAAAAAAAGGCACAUUCAAUGUUCGCAUACAGAGUUUUGCGUGAAAAUACGAGCAAUACAAAAACAAAAACGAAUGCAUUCUAUUCGAAAUGUUCGGAUGCAGAACACAACACGAAACAAACAAUGAUGAAACAGAAAAUGCUGUUUCGCAAAGAAUAUUUUAAUACCGGCGCGAUGUUCGGCGGUAGUUUGCAAAACUACAGACAAUUACAAAGGAAACCAAUCUGCUUACGAAAAGGAAUGAGCGCAACGUAAAGAAGAGGUCAAGACUACUGGGAUAACUAGAAACUAGAUGGAAAGAACAGAUAAGAAAAAUCGAUUAAGAACAAUUAGAGACGGCGAGCGCCUAAGAUUUAAGCGAAGUAAACGAUAAUUCUGUGUGAUAAACCGUUGAUGUCAUUUGUGAGGGAUGAUAAUGAUAAAAUAACAACAAAAAGAAGUACGCAUACAAAAACACACAAUGAAGGCAAGAGACUUGAAAACUUUUUUGUUUUAUUUACUGAAAUUUGUGAUAUUCGUUAAUAUUUUCUUUCGCACCUAAUGCAACAUCGCGCCUACAUAAUUUAGAAUGCUGAACAAACUACGCAAAAAAAAAGUCUUGUAACGAUGAAGUCGAGAAAGUAAAUUUGCGCGUAAAAUCGACGACAACACAUAAAUUUAGGAAGCAUGCGCGUUCUGCCGAUUGCCAGACGGAACUGAUCGCACGAGAGGCUUCCGCCGUUGAAUUUGUGUAGUAAGCUAUGUAGUAGUUUUUUAGAGGCCACAUUCCUUUAAAAGAAGCAACCUGCUGGGAGUGCGCCCAUCGUCGGUGGUAAACCCAGCAGUAGAAAUGCUAGAAUGAGCGGUCAGCGGAUAGAAAAAGUCGUGAGUUAUCGCGACAGGAUAUCAACAGAAGAAACCGUAUUUUUGUUGCACAAUGAUAAGAGGGUAUAUUUAUCACGCCGCAUUAUAUCAUAUUUGUAAUCGGAUUUAUUGAAUCAAAUUUAAUUGCGUUCAAUCAAAUCAUUUCGUUCAACUUAUGAUAAGCGAAUGAAAUAAAACAUAAUUGCUGGUCAAUAAAUAAACGAAAUUGCUCGUAUAGUCGUUAUUUAGGAACUGUUUUUAAAAUUGGUGAAAUUUUUUAUGGCCUUCAGAGAACUCUUUUCUUUGAAAAAUACAACACAUUUGAAUGAACGCCUCGAUAAAUACCAAUAAAUACCCUAUCUAAUCAAAUGUUCCGCAGAUCUCUUAUUCUAGUGUUUUCUUUCAGUAGUCGUUAGUUUUUUCUCAUUGAAAACACAAUUCAGUACCUGUUCAAACGAAACGUAAACAAGAAUCAUGCAAAACAUAGACGCGAAACGUAGUGGACGAGAGCAAAGCGAAUGAUGAUAAGACGAAUUUUAAUUUAAGCAUCAAUUUGAGACGAAAAUAUGCAAACUAUUCAAAUUGUUUAUGGGAAAAUGAAACGGGAAAAAAUAACAGUAAUCAACAGUCGUCAGUUGAAUACCGUAGUAGUUAGAAGCAUGGAUUUCCUUCUCACACAAAUCUAGUCCGAAGAAAAACUGUUGUUUUUAUUUUGUAUUUUUUAUAAUAUUUAUCAUGCAGAGGGAAAAUCCGAAGUGUGAUAACGCGAAUAGCGCCACAGUCGUUAUAAAAGAUGGCAUUUUUAUGGUUCUUUUCAGUGUAAAACAAGAAAAAUGAAAAGAGAUGAGAGACUAUUUCCAAUUUUCGGUAAUGAUCUUGCGAAGCAAAACGAAGAGUAAUUUAGGAAAGAUAAAAUAGACCGAAAGGCGCGAUCAUACAACUAAUAGAACAUAGGAGAAAAUAUAGAAGUGAGUGUUUGUCUUCCCACUAAUAGAGGGCACUCCAAAUUAUUUUCAAACACACAUCUACAAGAGUGCUUUUUCGCGCGCCAUCAGUUGUUGCAUGCGUGGCAUCCACAUGACAUUUACUAGCACGGAAAUCAAACGAUAGCGAUGAUAGCAGAAACAUGAACGGAUAACCAUAAAACCAAAUUGCCUUUAAAUGAACUGUGAUCGUAUAAAAUCUCGUCUCGUUCCUUUUUCUCAUCACUUUGUUGUAAGAGGACAAGAUCGUGUGAUCCCUUCUCAAGGGAGAGAAACUCAUUUUUUACACCUUCAUUUGUUAUAUCACCUACAAAUCUACUAUAUUUUUUUGUUAUUUACAAAAGCUAAUAAGUACUAGAACAAUACAUUCGUGUGUGAUUCGGAGUUGUUCAUACUCUGGCUGACUGAUUAUUGUUGUUUAAGAACUACUAGUUAGAAAGUGAUUUAAAUACAUUCAAUUGACACGAAACGAAAUGUAUGCCAAAAGUAUUCAUAUUGAUACACAAACAAGAGAAAUUAAAUUAUGUUUAAAUCAAAACGAAAUGAAAAAUUAAAAUUCGUCAAAUUGUUCCUAAUCGAAAACCACGUGGUAUUUUUUAGUUUUCAUAACGUAGAUUCAUUAAACAAACCUAUGAUAAAAAGCAGAAGGAAAUUUACUUCUCGAGUACCGUAACAAACAACACAAAUGUUGCAAUAAAACAAAAAAGUUAACCAGCAAACUUUCUUUCACAAACCAACAGUACUUUCGAGCAUGAAUGCAAGCAAACGCAUUUUCGUGCGUUUUUGGUGUGAGCUUUGUCCACUUCUACACACAUAUAACGGAUAACAACAUACCAUUUGUUACAUAGCAAGAGAAUUGCUACUCUUGCACUUUCUAUUGCGUGAUAUUUGUGAUAACCAUCGGGGCAUGUCGUAGAAGAGUAGGAGAAAUGGCCAAGCAAACGAACAAAAGUCAUUAUCGAUAAAUACGAAGUAAAACUAAAACUCGCAUCUGUGACAAAUGAGAACCAAACUAACACAAAACCCAGACAUGUAAACACUCACACACACAAAGAAACAGAAGCAAAUCGGGUAACUCUGUAAUACAAUUGUUGUUUGUAAGCGAACGUUACAUACGAUCUCACAUUUGUGCGAGAUCGAUCCGGAAAUUUUGGCGAAACCUCAUGUGCAGGUGCGCAGAUCCGCAGGAGAGCUGCGAAUAUAAUCAAUACCGAAGGAUUUUUAGGAACACAAUUACAAAAACAUGUAAAAGAAGAAAACCAAACGCUCGCCUCUCUAGAGAAACCAACGUGUUUGAUUGACUAGGAAAUCGAAUCUUAAAGUCGAGACAAUGUUUUAUUUAUCUAAAACAUAAGAAAUUGUAUCACUUCUCAUUUAAUGGAGCUAUUAUUCAUAAAACGAAAAAUAGAAAGCAAAUCAGGAUACAUUUUUUCGUAUCAAAAGCGACACAAGCUACGAUCUGUGAGAGUAUGUAUGAUAAAGCGUCGUCAUGAAAAAGAAGAUUUUUUUUUAAAUUGAAAAAUGCAUAAAAACUGUACAAUCCUGCGUGUGAUGAAGCGAAACAGUUCCGAUCGUACCCUACAUAGAGGAGGGCUUGGACCGAGCACCCGAAUAGAUGAUGGUUGGAUACGUGUCUAAAUCCGUGUACGAACUAUCAUUUAGAGAACUGCCGGUUUCGCAAGCGUCUCAUGCUAAUAUUUCGCUCCACUUGGCAGAUACUGCUUAGACGAACUGGAAGAAGUCAAAAGUCAUGAAUAAAAUCGUUUAAUAAAACAAAAAGAAACCUAAACUAAUAAAGUUUUUCAAGUUUAAUGGGCAAAGUA